AUGUCUCUCACCAAAAUAAUCAAAGUGAACCUCUCAUUAAAAGAGAAACUGGACUUUUUCCCAGCUGUGGCCUCUAUCGUGAUCGCCUACAUCUAUGCCCUCCUGACCGGCCUUCGGCGGACUGAACGCCAAGCCAAGACUUUGUCCCUGCAUUUGGGAUAUGCGCUGUUUCGCAAAACGACCUCGCGGCUGACUGCGAGUCAGAUGCAAUACAUCUUACCUCCAUCCCACAAGGUCUACGAGCAAUACUCCAAGAAGACCGGCGGACUGCCCGAGUCCGUGGAAUUGGGAGAUGGAGCAUUGGGCCACUGGGUAGGUGAUCGUAACGCUGAAAACGUGAUAGUCUGGUUUCACGGAGGUGGCUUCGGACUCCCUGCCAAUAUGGGCUAUUUCAAAUUCUACGCGCAGCUCCUGCGCGACCUCAAAGCUUCAGGCAAAAGCGUGGCGGUCUUCAGUCUGACCUACACAUUGGCGCCAAUCGCAAUCUACCCAACUCAACUCCGACAGGCUGUGAAUUGUCUCCGAUACAUUCUCUCACAGCCAAACCGCGACCCGUCCACGGUGUUCCUGGGCGGCGACUCCGCGGGCGGGAACCUGGUUGGUGGGGUUCUCUCUCACCUAGCCCACCCACACGCAGAGAUUGAUGCCCUACCAUUGGACAGUAACCUCGGCGGCGCAGUGAUGAUCGCUCCGUGGACACUUCUUGAGAAAGAAUUCCCGGGCAUGGAGAUAUACGAUGGCGGCGAUAUCAUCACAGAGGCAGUUGCAGGACCAUGGGCGACAGCCUAUGUUGGCGCUGGCAAGCGGGACUAUUACACUGAUUUAUCGACUGCGCCGGCAGAUUGGUUCGCGACGUUCCCCGUAAACUCGGUGUUGAUCACCGCGGGCGGGAAUGAGAUUAUGUUGCCUCUGAUUCAAGACUUGGCGGCGAAGUUUAAGGAGGGCUUUGAGAAUGUGGAGUUGUUUGUUGGGCAUCGUGAGUGUCACGUUGCGCCGAUUUAUCAUUUGGAGUUGGGGGAUGUUACAAAGACCGAGCAAGGGAAGAAGGUCGAGGCUGUUUUGGCCGAGUUGAUGGUGUGA